GAAAAGAAUAGGAAUUGUGGAUGGUGUCCAGCCUGUGCCCUGUGCCACUUCUUUCUCCAUUUCUUCUGCUGCCUUUUUGUUUAGUGGCUCUAAAUCUAUAAAAGCAUUCUAUCAAUGGAUGUGGAUAACAAGUUCUUCAAUGCAGCCUUCCUCCUUGUGGCAACUUUGGUGGUUGCCAAGCUUAUAUCUGCACUUAUAAUUCCUAGAUCUAAAAAACGGCUUCCUCCGACUAUAAAGGCAUUUCCAUUAAUUGGUGGGCUCAUACGGUUCUUGAAAGGCCCAGUUGUGAUGCUUAGGGAAGAGUAUCCAAAGCUUGGGAGUGUAUUUACCUUGAAGCUAUUGAACAAGAACAUUUCUUUCUUCAUUGGACCUGACGUCUCAGCACAUUUCUUCAAGGCUCCAGAGUCUGAUCUUAGCCAGCAAGAGGUAUACCGGUUCAAUGUGCCCAUUUUUGGCCCUGGUGUUGUUUUUGAUGUUGACUACUCUGUGCGGCAAGAGCAGUUCCGGUUUUUUACAGAAGCUUUGAGAGUUACUAAAUUGAAAGGGUAUGUGGAUCAGAUGGUUAUGGAGGCCGAGGAUUACUUCUCCAAGUGGGGAGAUUGUGGAGAGGUAGACCUAAAAUAUGAGCUAGAGCAUCUAAUCAUUUUGACAGCCAGUAGAUGCCUUUUGGGUCAAGAAAUUCGUAAUAAGUUGUUUGCUGAUGUCUCUGCCCUCUUCCAUGAUCUUGACAAUGGGAUGCUUCCUAUCAGUGUUAUCUUCCCAUACCUGCCCAUCCCAGCCCACCGCAGGCGUGACCAGGCUCGCAAGAAGCUUGCUGAAAUUUUUGCAAAUAUCAUUGCUUCCAGAAAAGAAACUGGUAAGUCAGAAAACGACAUGUUGCAAUGCUUCAUUGACUCAAAGUACAAAGAUGGUCGCCCAACAACUGAAUCUGAGGUCACUGGCCUGCUCAUUGCUGCACUCUUUGCUGGACAGCAUACUAGUUCCAUUACCUCCACCUGGACUGGGGCUUACCUCCUUUGUCACAAGGAGUACCUUUCUGCUGUGCAGGACGAGCAGAGGAGCCUGAUGAAGAAGUAUGGGAGCAAGGUUGAUCAUGAUAUCUUGUCUGAGAUGGAUGUUCUAUAUAGGUGCAUCAAGGAAGCUCUGAGACUCCACCCUCCUCUGAUCAUGCUGCUACGUAGCUCACACACUGAUUUCAGCGUGACAACCAGAGAUGGGAAAGAAUAUGACAUUCCCAAGGGUCACAUUGUUGCCACAUCGCCAGCUUUUGCUAAUCGGCUCCCACAUAUAUACAAGGACCCAGACAGAUAUGAUCCAGACAGAUUUGCAGUUGGGAGAGAAGAGGACAAGGCUGCAGGGGCAUUCUCAUAUAUAUCUUUUGGAGGCGGACGACAUGGGUGUCUCGGUGAACCCUUUGCAUACCUGCAAAUAAAGGCCAUAUGGAGCCAUUUACUUAGAAACUUUGAGUUGGAACUGAUCUCACCAUUUCCAGAGGUCGACUGGAAUGCCAUGGUUGUGGGCGUAAAAGGAAAGGUUAUGGUGAGGUACAAGCGCAGAGAGCUUCCUGUUAACUAACUGGGAAAACUUCCCUAUGCGAUCUUCUUCGCGGAUGGUUGGCAGGUUCAGAACCCAUCCGUAAGUGUGGAUUUCAAUUCUGCUGUCAUUCCUUUGCUGUAGUUUGUGUGUAGAGCUCUUUGUCCUAUUUUUGUUGGAUUGCCAAAUUUACUGUUUAUUGCUGACUCAGGCUUUUGUCUCUCUAUCACAAUUGUACUUUUUAUUGUCAAAUUUACUGUUUGAUAGUGUUUCUAAAAA